AUGGUUUUACGAGGGCAAAUUUGUUUUCCAACGUCAGAUGAAGGAAUGGCUUCAGAUCAACCUGUGAAAAAAAAGCAGAGGAUAGAUGGCCCCGAUAUCAGUGACACGAGUGAUAAGUCCGCGGAGGACAUACUCCCUGACAUAUACGACUCGGAAACACCUCUUGCUGAUAGCUCUGGAGACUACACACCCAGGAACGGUGAAUCUCCCGACAGUGGCACUGUAAGUGAAGACGCGGUUGAUUGUUCUAGCAUUUUGAGGCUCCCUAGUGAUAGUAAUGUUGAAAUUAUACCUUCGUGUUCUAAUAAACAAAACUGGACAGCGGCUGACGAAAAUCUUCUCAGUGAACUGCGUGUGUUCCAGAAUGCUUUAGUUGGACAAUGUUUGUGUGGUUUUAAUGAAAAUUCGCUAUCCCAGCUGUUCGACAGACGCUUGCAUAUAAACACCUGGCCGAUCACAUGCUCACUCACUUAUUUGUCAACAAUGCAAUUGAUGUUCGAUAUAUAUCUGAAACAAAACAAUGUUGGCACUAUAUGUUCAAGAUUAAUGUACGCUUGUGAUAUAUUCGUCAGAAACAGGCAUGAUUGGAUAACAGAAGUUGUAGAGUUAGCGGAACAUAAGAGCAAAUUUAUAACAUUUGUCGCAUGUAGAGUAUUAGCCAGUUUCCUAAUUGUAUCUAAAGAUACCGUCGAUGAAAACUGGUUGCAGCAGAUAACUGAAAAUGUUUACUUGUUUGAUAGAAUUAAUAGAAUCACUGUGCAAAAGAUAAACUUCAGCUUGGAUAUAAUUAAGAGGAUAGUUGAAUGGAAAGAUGUUGAACAACAUCCGUUAGAUGAGUCUAGUUAUGCUAAUGCACCCGGCAGUGCUCAGGUUCAGGAAGACAAUCCAUUUAGAGGCAGUACAAACUCACAAUCAUCAGCGAGCUCUAGUUCCCGUAGUGAUAACUUACAUAGUGCGUUCUCCAAUUUGCAAACAAACAGUUCCCCGUCAACGUCUUCUGAUAGCAAGACAGUUAAACCAACGUCAACAUUCAAACUUAACGAGCCCGUGUUUAAAUUUCCUCACGACCAAUCCGAUAGAAUGGAACCGGCCGAUUCUCCAGAACCAUCACAAUCAAGGAUAGAAAGAGUUAACGAGCAUGGAUGCAUAACUGUGAUAUUAACGGACUCGGAGUCCUUUGAUACAUCUCAUAUAAAAUGUUUAACAAUAAAGACUUUAGAGCACCACUGGCCAAUUCUAGUUAAAAACAUGAAGCUGCUUCUAUUAAGGUACCUGAACUUAUCUAAUGCUGAAAAUUGUAUAUUAACUUUCUUCUCCCUGUGGGAGAAUAUUAUAAGUGUCAAAGCGAAUCUCUCCGUCAUAGAUACAAAGCCAUUCUAUGCAGACCUGCAGGGUUUUGUGGAUUUAUUAAGGAAUACAAUGCUGCCGGGAUUAAUAUAUGCACAUUUACUUAGUUUAUUUAAUGAAGUACUAUGCUAUGGUUCAACAUUGGCCCUUCAGGAUAUACUGCCCGAAGAAAUAUGUUGCUUAGCCCAUUCUAUAGUUAGAUAUGUGAAAGACUUUAGAUUAUUAAGUGAAGUUAGGGUUCAAAGUAGUAGAAGUGGUUUUGGGUUUUUGGAACACGACUGUAGGGUUAUACAUGAUUAUUCAUUGGGACCUGAGAUCGGGCCGUUAUCAUCAAUACAAUUGGUUGAUCAAAGUUAUGGUGAAGAUGAUAACGAAGAUUCCACGCAAAGGAAUGAAGUUGACAAAACGAUGCUUCAACGAAUGUCAUUGUUGGUCCUCAAAUCUGUAGCAGUCACCGUUAAAGAAAUGAGAUGCGAUUCAUCAGAUAGUUCAAUAGAUUCAUCGGAUUACAACGCUAUCCAAGACAUGCAAAUAGUUGAAAGGUCAAUACGAGAUGUACUAAAAAAAUUGGAUGUUUUUAUACGGAAUCGCUUAGAAUUUCAUCCCGAGACUCCGUUCACUAAGAUGUUGAUACAUUUAUUCAGUGAACAAGACGAUUAUCUUAUUGAAUCUAUGGUGUGUACUUUAGAUAUAACCGUCGGUAUUGUAUAUAGGAAUUCAAUGUAUCCCGAUUUAAUACCAAUGCUAAAUCCGAUUAUGUCCUUCAUAGAAUUCCUAAGGGUUGUCGCACAUGAUAGUGAUGUACUAUUAGAUUAUCUUGUCAGCAAUGAAACAUGUUUUCUCUUAUACUUGUUGAGAUUUUUGAAAUAUGUAAGACGUAACUGGCCAAAAUUCUUAGACACCUGCCAGCAAAUGGAUCCAGGUACAACGAGGGGUCUAGAUGAUACUAUGCGGGUUUUGAUAAGGUUGCGAUUACAAAUCAGUAGGCUAGUAUCGAAAUCACUAUUCCCAUACAACAUCAGUCCGGUUUUAAGACUGCUCGAAGUCUGUGAGAGUCUCUAUGAAGGGAAUGAAUUUAGCUGA